AUGUCAAGGAUGAAAAUCGAUCGCAAGCCUCCACUUCCUAAAUCCCUCAUCAGAAUGCAACAUCACAUCACACAAAUUACUCCUGGUUCUUUGACUAAAUCCCAGAAAACAAAUCGAAAAUGGGAUAUGGAAGAAUCUGAUCUCCUCCCUGAAUGCCAGUUGAUAUCCUGCGAAUUACGUGCUCUGCCAAGGAUGGUUCGCAAUGAGAUUGGAAAUGGGAGUCAAUUAAUGGUGGGAUUGGUAAACAUUUGA